UUUACUUUGGAUUUCGGGUUUGUUUAGGGCUUCUCUGUGUAGCGAGGAGUACAGGGGGCGGUUAGCCCGGCGGGUCCCCGGGCCAGCGGGGCUCCCUGUCGCCCAUGGCGAGGCGCUUCGAAUUGCUCGAAUCCUUCGCGCGUGGGGGGCAUGUUGUGACUUGCCCGGACAGCGCGGCGUGUCGGACCCUGCGUGGGCGUGGAGCUGGGAGGACCCGGCGCCUCCGUGGGCCGCGAUCUGGAUGGAGUCUGUGUUGGCUAGAGAUUUACUACAUCCGUCCUUGGAAGAGGAAAAGAAAAAACAUAAAAAGAAACGGCUAGUUCAAAGUCCGAAUUCUUAUUUUAUGGAUGUAAAAUGUCCAGGUUGCUACAAGAUUACUACGGUUUUCAGCCAUGCUCAAACAGUGGUUCUUUGUGUAGGUUGUUCAACAGUGUUGUGCCAGCCUACAGGAGGAAAGGCCAGACUCACAGAAGGAUGUUCAUUUAGAAGAAAACAACACUAAUGAUCCAUACAACUUCCUGAAUUUGUGUUACAUCACAGAAUGCCUUAACAAUUCAGUAAUUUUAGUUAACCUACCAAGACAAUGGAAUUAUGUUUGAUUUUGUGAGGUAUACAGCAGUGAUUUCCUAUUUUGGUGUCAGUUUUUCAAUAAAGUUUUGAUUACAAGCAAA